AUGCCCCCGAAGGCAUCCAAGCGGUGGGUGCCGGUUAACCGGCCGGCCUUGGCGUCUCCUGCUGCGGGUAACCCGUCCAACGGAGUGCCCCCGAAGAUAUCCAAGCGGUGGGUGCCGGUUAACCGGCCGGCCAUGACGUCUCCUGCUGCAGGCAACCCGUCCGACGGAAUGCCGCCGAAGGUGGUGCUGGUGAACCGGCCCAUGGGGACGGGGACGGGGACGUCUCACGGGGCAGGCAAACCGUCGAGCGAAAUCCCCUGGAAGGCAUCCAAGCGAUGGGUGCCGGUUAACCGGUCGGCCGUGCCGUCUCCUGCUGCAGGCAAGCUGUCCGAUGGAAUGCUUCCAAAGGUAGUGCCAGUGAACCGACCCAUGGGGACGGGGAAGCCUCGCGGGGCAGGCAAACCAUCGAACCAAAUCCCCCGGAAGGUAUCCAAGCAAUGGGUACCGGUUAACCGACCGCCAACUGUGGGGACACCUCGCUUGGCAGGCGACCCCGCCGACAGGCUCAGCGACCUCCCGGACGCGCUGCUGCACCACAUCAUGUCGUUCCUGAAGGCGUGGGAGAUGGUCCGCACGUGCAGGCUCUCGCGGAGGUGGCGCAACCUCUGGGCCUCUGCGCCUUGCAUCGACGUCCGCGUGGGACUCCAUGAUAACCCACCUGAGGAGUUCGCCAAGUUUGUUAACCGGUUGCUGCGCAGCCGGGACGCGCUCACGCCAGUGGACACGCUCCGUGUGCGCUCGAUUGGUGAGGAUGAUUUCUAUGAGACUUAUAACGAUGGCAAUGUCAAGAGCUGGAUCCGUACUGCUAUCAAGAGAAAAGCUCGUGCCAUUCAGCUUAAUGGGCAUCUCCACAAGUACAUUACGCUGGAUCGCAUAGACUUCGCCUCUUGCCAUCUCAAAAUCUUGAAACUGUCAUAUGUCGAGCUAGAUGAUAAAGUUGUGAAGCAGCUCUCUUCUCGGUGCCCUUUGGAAGAACUAGAGCUCAAGAGCUGUGUGGUAGGUGCCCAUGAAAUUUUGUCCUUCUCUCUGAAGAGUUUGACCAUGGUCAAGUGCAAGCUUACUAUGAACCUCUCGGUGGAUGCCCCAAACCUCAUGUUCUUUCGUUGCAUCAAACCUGAGAAGUGGGUUCCUGUAUUCAAGAACUCUGUGUCUCUUAUCAGAGGCAGUAUCAUGCUUGAUGACUCUUUAUUAAGUCGUGAGUUUCAAAAGUACCAUGAGGAUGAGGAUGAAUUCCCUCAGACUAGCGAUGAAGAUGACGACAUUGAUAAUGGAAAUGGCCAGUGCAAUGGUAAAAGUCCUGCUGCUGCUGAGGGCUUUCUGGAUAGUAUCUUGUAUGGCAGCUUUUCUGAUUAUUGUGAUGGCUAUUCUGAUGAUUUUUAUGAUGGCUAUUCCGAUGACAUCAAAGAUGAUUAUGAUUAUGGAAGUGAUAUCAACAGCGACGAUGAUAUAUACGAAUAUAGUGAAAUUGCAAAUGGCACUGAGGAUAAAUAUUUUGCAAAUGUCUCUGAAUUCAGUAAGGGUGGUAAAAAUUCUGGCUACAGUGGAAACUAUGGGUUUAACGACUAUAAAACUUUAGGUGGCCAAAAUAUUCUUUGCAGCCUUUUAAAUGCCAGAAGCAUAGAGCUGCUAGGUCAUUCAGGAGAGGUGGUUCUGAGGAGGGAAUCAGUAAGUUGUCCAACUUUUAACAACCUGAAGACUUUGUCCCUUGGUGAAUGGUGUAUCAGUAGGGGUGCUAAUUUUGACAUACUAGUUCGCUUACUUCAGCAUACACCUUACUUGGGGAAUCUCUUUCUCCAACUUGAAAUGGUCUUCGUAUGCUAA